UGAUUGAUUGGUAGCUGCUCUUGUGUCUGAGGUUUAUUUAAUUACACCUCUCUGAAUGUUUGACCAUAUUUAGGUGCGCAUUGCUUCAACCAUGGCUCCACACCCUGCCAUCCAGGCAAUCAUCGACUUCUCAGCUGGAGCUGCAGGUGGCACAGCGUGCGUCAUGUGCGGCCAGCCGUUCGACACCGCCAAGGUCAAGAUGCAGACCUUCCCCACCAAAUACCGCGGCUUCAUCGACUGCUUCGUGUCGACCUUCAGGCAGGUUGGAGUCCGGGGCCUCUACAAAGGCACGACCCCGGCCCUCAUCGCCAACAUCAGCGAGAACGCCAUCCUUUUCCUGAGUUACGGCUUCUGCAAAGACCUGGUCUCCCUUCUGUCCGGGCUGGAUAAAACAGCCGAGCUCAGUGACAUCCAGAAGGCUUCUGCAGGGUCUUUCGCCUCCAUCUUCUCCUCCUUGGUUUUGUGUCCCACAGAACUGGUGAAGUGUCGGCUGCAGGCCAUGCAUGAAAUGGAGGAAUCGGGCAAGAUAGCCAAAGGACAGAAAAGCACCAUGUGGAGCGUCGUCAAGACGGUGCUGAGGACAAACGGGCCUCUGGGUUUCUACCAAGGCCUGACCUCCACCAUGGUGAGGGAGAUGCCCGGUUACUUCUGCUUCUUUGGAGGCUACGAACUGAGUCGCUCCACUUUCGCGCAGCACAUGGGCACCGACAAAGACAACAUAGGCGUUCUUCCUCUCAUGUUCAGCGGGGGAUUCGGGGGAGCUUGUCUCUGGCUGGCGACCUUUCCAAUAGACUGUGUGAAGUCCAGAAUCCAGGUGCACUCCUUAGCAGGGAGACAAGACGGCUUUGUCAAGACCCUCGUGAAAAUCGUUCGUACUGAAGGAAUCACUGCUCUGUACUCCGGUCUCACUCCCACCAUGAUUCGCACCUUUCCAGCGAACGGAGCUCUGUUCCUGGCUUAUGAGUGGAGCCGCAAGUACAUGAUGGAGAAAGCUGGUGCUUGAUGUGGACGAUCCGUCCCCCCGAAAUCUAGAAUAUUCUGCUGAAACACUAAAAGUAUGAAGGAAAACGAAAGAUUAAAAAGAACGUUUUACUUUUGUUGGUGCUUUAAUUCUCUGAUCUAUUCGUCUUGGUGAUAGUAUGAAUGCACUGUGCUGGCCACAGGCAUUUAAAUACACUUGAAGCCUUUUUGAAUAUUUUGAGAGAGAUCAGUGAUGUCUGCUGAAUAAAAGUCAAAAGUAAAGAGUUUUAUCAUUUGAACUUGAAUCAUUUCGUGCUGAGUAAAUCAUCCGUCUUUCUCUUUCAUGGCUCUAUCCUUUCCAAUAAGUAAAGGCAGUCAUGAUCAUCUACAGCUAAGAAUGUGGGAGGAAACCUUAGAGCACAGAAAAAAACAUGCAAACUCAUACAUUUCAUAGUGCAUGGAUGAACGCUCGCUUUCAUGAUCAAUCUAAUAAAAAUUCUGCUUCAUUCACAAAUUCACUCC